GGGAGUGGUUGGAUCGCGUUUGGAAAAAGCAGUGGAAAAGUUGCCUACAGUCCUUAAAAUGAUGCAGAGAAUAUUUAUGAUGUUGGAUCUGCUCUGUAACUAAUCUCGUGUUGCGGCGUAGACGGAAUCUAAUAUUUAUUUAUCUCCAAAAAAUGGUUUGCAGGAUCUUCCCGUGAUCAUCAGCGUGUGUGUUACAGAAGAGCAUGUUCAGCAUGGACAUGGAGGAUUUCCCCCCUCCUCCACCUGACCUGUUGGAUGACGAAGAUGAAGGUGAACGAUUUGAGUUUGAUGACAGUGGUGAUGAAGCCCCCGAGGCGGAUCGGCCUCCACCUGAACCUGAGGGAAUCUCCGUUCCUCCACCCUGCUCUUCCUCAGUCAGAGACGCACCCGUGAAUGAGGCAAGUCCAAACCCAGAGCACACAUUCAACGCAGAGGCAGAUUUGCCCCCUCCGCCUCAGGACUUCCCCGCUAAUAACAGGCCUCUGGCUGAAGCGCUGUUCAAACAGUCUGAUCUCCCUCCUCUUCCUCCUCCUCCUCCCACUGAACUUUGUCCCGGUGCAGCAGAGGGCUGGAAAAUAGACCUCAAUCCACCAGCAGAGGGCACUGAUGUUCACAGAGAGCAAGACGAAAACAAAGGUGCCAGUGUGGUUUGCUCCUCCAAGCCCAAAGUGAGCCCCUACUCUGUGAUCGACAUCGGCCCCAUCCAACAGCAGCUGCCAUCAGAGCAGAGCGGUCCGCCCUCCUCUCCCUCAGCCAAUCAGAUUGAAGGAGUUGUUCAGGAUGUGUUAGGUAGCCCAGGGUUGUCCUCUGGGUAUUCAGUGCCAGUGCCCUGUGGUUAUGCAACGCCUUCAAAUGUGCCAGUGAUCCCACCAACCUACACCACCCCAGUUCUCAUCCGCCACUUCUCUAUGGAUGAAGAUGUAACUGUUGUUGGAGCAGUAAAUACUCCUGUGGACAGUGUUUUUAGUGAAGAGUGUCCGGUCAUCAAAGAGGAAGACGCUCUUACUAAGUGGGUUUCAGACCCAGCAAACACAGCCUGGAUGGAGAGUCCAGAUGAAGUGAUUUAUGAUGAUGUACCAAGAGAAAACUCUGGAUCCACAACAGACCCAGAUGAGAUGAUCUAUGAUGACGUUGAGUUCGGGGAGGAGGGUGGCAGCAGCUCGCUGGACAAUGGCUGGAGCUCCAGCGAAUUUGAGAGCUAUGAGGAAAACAGUGACGUAGAGAACGGACAUGGAGAAAACGGCCUCCCGGACGCCUUCGUCAGGGGCCGUGCACCCAGCAAGAAAACACAUCUGUCUGAAGAUCUGGCACGUUUGAAAGAGCACUAUGAGAGAAAGAUGCGAGAUCUCAUGGCAAACACAGUGGGAACAGUAGAGCUACAGCAGCUCAAACACAAACACGAGCAGAAGAUGCAGCGGCUGGUAAAAGCUGCCAAAGAUGGAACUAAAGACGGCUUGCAGAAAACCAAAGCCGCAGUGAGAAAGGGCCGAUCAUUCAUCCGCACCAGAUCUCUCUGUCAUGAUAAGAAACCCAACUGCUUUGAUGAAGAGUCAGAUCUAUUUAUUGAGGUGGAGUGUUUUAAUGUGGACCCAGUGCUUGGACCUGCGCCUGACGGACUCACUCAACACCAGGUAAUGAGGAGAUGCAUUCUGGAGAAGAUUCUGGAGAGCGAGAAGAGCUAUUUGGAAGCUCUGAAGAGAAUUUUAGAGCAGUAUGAGAAUCCUCUGGCAGAAAUUGAGCCUCGGUUACUCAGUGACCGCAAGCGUAAGGUGGUGUUUCAUCGCAUUCGGGAGAUCCUGCAGUGUCAUGCACUCUUCCAGAUGGCGCUUGCCAGCAGAGUAUCUGACUGGGAUGAGCUGGAGAUGAUUGGAGAUGUGUUUGUAGCAUCGUUUUCCAAGUCUAUGGUGUUGGACGCUUACAGUGAAUAUGUGAAUAACUUCAGCUUGGCGAUGGGAGUGGUGCGGAAGGCAUGCGCCGCUAAACCCUGUUUCCUGGACUUCCUCAAGCACCGCCAGGAGACAAGUAAAGACCGUCUGACUCUUUAUGGACUGAUGAUGAAGCCUAUUCAGCGGUUCCCUCAGUUUAUUCUGCUGCUGCAAGACAUGUUAAAGAACACGCCAGUGGGCCAUGCUGAUCGCCUUCCCCUUCAGAUGGCUCUUACUGAACUGGAAGUGCUUGCCGAAAAAUUAAACGAAAGGAAAAAGGAGGCUGACCAGCGCUGCGAGAUACGACACAUCGCUAAAGCUAUGAACGAACAUUACCUCAACAAGCUGCUGAGCAGCGGCAGCCGUUAUCUGAUUCGGUCUGAUGACAUGGUGGAAACCGUUUAUAAUGAUCGAGGGGAGAUCAUUAAGACUAAAGAACGGCGAGUCUUUCUCCUGAACGAUGUGCUCAUGUGUGCCACCCCCAACCGGCGGCCAUCUCAGGAUGGUGUGAGUGUUGGAGCUGGAGGUGAAGGGGUUCCCUCAGGACAGCGUUUCUUGCUCAAGUGGAGUGUACCGUUAAGUUUUGUGGAGGUCGUGGAGUUUGGCUCCAGCGAGGAGAUGGUUGACUCCCGGUUUCCACCCUCACACUCUGGAGAUAAAGUUGUCAUUAAUGCAAAACCUAAUAAGUUAUAUAUGGGGCCGGGACAGCUGUAUCAGGACCUGCAGAACCUGAUCCAUGACCUGGGCUUGGUGAACCAAAUUUCCACCAUGAUCAGCAGUCUGAAAGGGAAUUAUCAGAAUGUUAAUGGGACUGUUGCUCAGGACUGGGUUUCAGGUCUUCAGCGUCUCAUUUUAAAGAAAGAGGAGGAGAUUCGGGCAGCUGAUCGCUGUAGGAUACAACUACAGUUACCAGGGAAACAAGACAAAUACGGUCGACCCACGUUUUUCACUGCAGUCUUCAACACAUUCAGUCCAUCCAUCAAGCAAACAUGGAUCAGUAAUCUGCAGAUGGCUAAACUGGCUUUACAGGAGGACAACAUCCAAGGAUGGUUUUGUGCUGAAGAUGAUGGUAAUCAGAUGAGAAAGCAGAAUCAUCCUCUCUUGCUCAAGCAAAUGGCAGUGGUCAUGUCUAAACUACAGGAGUUUAAGGUGGAGUGUGCCGUUCACAACCCCGAGCCUCAUGUGAACACCGACAGCACCGCAGAUCUGCCUGUUAUGGGUCACGGAUGUGUGUGGGUGGCGAGUUGCACCAAUCACAUGGGUCAGGUGUCCAUUGUGGCACUGCAAAACUCAAAUCCUAAAGUGACGGAGUGUUUUAAUGUCGAGUCGCGUAUUCUCUGUAUGACGCAUGUUCCGUUGGAUGAGCCACUAAAGAACGGUGAGGGAAAACCUGAGAAUCGGAAUGCCUGUGAUAUGCCAACUGUCUGUUUGGGAAUGGAGGAAGGCAGUAUAUCUGUUUAUAAGAGCAGCCAGCGCUCUAAGAAAGUUCGCCUGCAGCACUUCUUCUCUCCUGAUAAGUCUAGCGUCACGUGUUUGGUGUACACGAGUGGGUGUCUGUAUGCAGGUCUAGUUAGUGGUUCUCUGGUCAUCUACUCCAGAACUGAUGACGGCUUCUGGGUCGAGUCGGGGGCCUGUGUGUUGAAGCUGGGGGUGUUGCCGGUUAAAGCUCUACUGGUGGUGAGCGAACACAUCUGGGCUUCAUCAGGAGGACAGAUCUUCAUCAUCAGCACACAGACAAACACGGUGGAGCGUCAGUUUGAAGCCCAUCAGGAAGAAGGAAUGAUCGUGUCCCACAUGGUGGUGGCUGGAGUGGGUAUCUGGAUAUCCUUCAGCACCGGCUCAACCCUUCGACUCUUCCACACCGAGACUCUCGACCACCUGCAAGACAUCAACAUCGCCACAGCUGUCAAUAACAUACUCCCAGGACAGCAGAGAGUCUCUGUGAGCAGUCUGUUGGUGUGUCACGGUCUGCUGCUAGUGGGCACUAAUCUGGGGGUCACGGUGGCCCUUUCUGUGCCCAGACUACAGGGCAUCCCAAAGGUCACAGGUCGAGGAAUGGUCUCUUUUCAUGCACACCACGGCCCAGUCAAGUUCCUCACCAUGGCAACAGCAGUGUGUAACGUCUCUCAAGCUACCAUGGCAACCCUCACCUCCAGUACUCCCAGUCAGUGCCAGCCUGAGGCCUCGGAACUGGAGGUAGCCACACUAAACCAGAACUGCAGCAGCGGCUCACAUGCGCCUGUUCUCCAGGACUCCCCGUCCUCCUCGUGUGGCUCUCUGGCUCUGUCUCAGGCAUCUUUAGAGCACGGCCCAGAGGACGGGGCCAUAUACGACCUGCUGAACGAGCCGGCACACUUCCAGAAGGCCAAGCAGACUGACAGAGUCAGUGCCAGCUCUGUGCUGGUGGUGUCAGGAGGGCUCGGACACCGCAGAAUCAACCGAAAAACCAAACAGUCCAAGCACGAGGAGAUGGCGUCCACUAUCAUGGUGUGGCAAAUACCACUGCCAAGCCUGUGAAGGGAGAAAGAUGAAUGAAAAGGGGCAUUCCACAUCAAAGAGAGCAGUUCCUGAGCCUGACUUUACUUUCCAUAAUGGGCUAAUGGAGAAAAAAAACAUUAAUGAAUGAAGGGAAACAAGGUUGUGUUCCAGCAAUGAGCUGAACUACCAAGUCAUGCAUCAGAGAAAUGCAUUUUACCACUUGGCACAUUCGCCUUCAUUUAAAAGGUGAAAGUAUGUCAGUACCACUGCAGUGUGAUUGAUUUUCAGGUCUAAUAUAACAUUUUAACUGCAAAAUAAUUUCACACAAAAACAAACAAACAGAUGCUUUAGUAUAACAGCAGAAAGUUGUCUUUAAUGCCACUUUUUAAAGAAAUGCUCACUACUUAAGGGAUAGUUCAACCAAAAGAUAAAAGAUCUGUUAUUAUUUACCAACUCUCUACUAGAUUCAAAGUUGUUUGAGUUUCUUCUGUUGACCACAAAAGAAGAUUUUUUGAAUAAUGAUGGAAACCGGUAGCCAUUGACUUCCAUAGUAUUUUGUUUUCCUACUACAGAUGUCAGUGGCCACCAGUUUCCAACAUGCUGCAAAAUAUACUCUUUUGCACUCAGUAGAAAAGAAAAACUCAUUGAGGUUUGAAAAC